GAGUUCAGGGUAGCAGAGGUGGACAAAGUGGUCACAGUGAGGCUGAUAAAGGAUGUGAAAGUUGGGUGAUGAAGGACCUUGAAUAUGCAAAGGAGAGUGGACUCUGACAUUGUCCGUGGGCCUUUAUGAUGUGUGGGAAAGCAAAAUGCCAUUUAGUGAGCUGACACCCAUCCUUCCUAUAAGUGUGGCUGAGCUAGAACAGAGAUCCAUGGAGAGCUCAGUCACCACAGAUGUGUUCAACCUGUCACUUACACAGGAGGAACCUGAGGCCAGAGAGCAAGUCAGGCAACAAAGAAUUUGACAAAGCAACACAGGACUAGGGAUAGAUCAUCUAAGUCCAGUGCCUUAAGCUUCCUCCACAUCAAGUCCCUCUCGUAUAAAUCCAGGCUUCUUCAUCUAAGCUCUGCCUUCUAUGUGCUGGAUUCAAACACAAGUACGAUUCUCGCAUGCUUCACUGAGAAGCUAGGUCGUUCCCACCUUCUCAACUUCAGAACCAUCAGCACUGCCUGCUGGGAGCUGGGACCUCAGUAGGAGCAAAGAUGGAGAUUUUCCAAAGAGGAAAUGAACCAACUACCAUGCGUUGGAUAUCAGAGUGAAAAUCAAAACGUUAAACAGAUUGAAAGGACCUCUCCUUCCCUUGAACUUAGAAGCUAGGGUGUUUUACAACUGGAAUGCAUCACAGUGGAGCAGCUCUGGACUUUUAUUACCUUAGCUUCAGCCAACACCCAGCCCUUCCUUCCCCAGGGCCUAGCAGGAAGCACAGGCACCUAAACAGGUGUGUGUGUGUGUGUGUGUGUGUGUGUGUGUGUGUGUGUGUGUGUGUGUGUUGUAUUUUCAAAUUACAGAUGCUUGGGGAAAGCGCGCCCAGAGCAACAGAGCAGGGGCCUGGGUCUCCUCCCACAUUAGGGCCCGCAAACCGGGGCUGGAAGACCGAGCUUCAUUUCCAGCUUCCCCAGGCUCCGUUCCAGCAGUGCUCGGGCCUCUCCAGAACCUCUGCGUUUGCCUUCCCUCCUCCCUUAGCAACCGCAAGGCUGUGGAUACCGCCAGCGGGUGGGGGCCCCCGGAGGCUACGGGGUAGUUCGGGGGCGGUGGCGGCCCAGCUCAGGUGCCCCGCGCACCGGCGACCGCAGUGCGGAGCCACCCCGCGAGCGCGAGUGUUGCUGCGCCAGCGCGCACCGGGGGCCGCGCACCCUACCUCCGCACCUGCCGCGGGGUCCAAAAGGGAUCCUGCAAAAAUGAGCCAUUCUCAACCCGCUGGAUUACUUGCAGCAUAUAAUAGUCUUACUGAUAAACACCUGACUGGAUAUUUUAACAACACAAGGAUAAGACGGCAUCUUUUAAGAUCAGGGCUGAUCACAAGAAGUGGGAGAAUACUUUCCGAAAAAGAAUACAAACUAAAUAUCAUGAAGAGGGAUCACCAAAAAUAUAUCCGGGAGUGCCUAGCUCAGGCUAUUUUCCAUAAGGUUCUUGAUAUGGAGCGUUAUCAUCAGCUUGAAAUAAAGAAAAAACUGGAGAGCUUGGCUAGGAAGGAGCGAAUUCAGAGAUUUAAGGGAGAAUCCACAAGAUGGUUUAUAGAAAAUAACAUGCCAAUCCUAUCUCCUCACCCCCCAGUUGGCCCAAAGACUAACCGUGGCCAUAGUGUUCUGGUUGAUGAAGGACAUUCCAGUCCAAUAACACUGACAGCCCCUCGACCAUACACUGCCCCAGGAAAUAUGCAGCCUCCAAUUCGAUUAAAGCCUCUUCCCAGUAAUCCUGCAGUAGGAACCGUUCCAAAGAUAACUUCGGGGUCCAGAUUGAAAACCUCAUUGCUGGAAAAUGAAGCUCCAUUUCCCAUUGGGGGCAAGAAAGCAGUGAUGAAGUUCAAGAACUCCAUGGACAAUUCACAGGAAGUGAAUCGCUAUCAACUUCCAAACAUUAACAAUUACAUGAUGCCUAUUCCUCCUUCACCUCCUCCCCACAAAGGAAAAAUCACAAGGGAAAAUAGACUUGAAUCAUGGAGAAGGAGAAGAUUUCGUCCAACCACUGCUCCCAAUGGCUUAGAGCCUCUCUUUACCAGGGAUUCAAGAAAGGUUCACAGAACACCACUGCAUAGUAAUGCAGCUAUUACAAUGAUCUAUUUGGGGAAAAACGUGCACCUAUCUCAUGAUCACCCAGACUUCCGGGAUGAAAUAAAAGUUUAUCAACAACACUGUGGUGGGGAAAACCUUUGUGUUUACAAAGGCAAACUACUUGAAAAAGAGACCUUUCAGUUUAUUUCCAAAAGGCACCAUGGUUUCCCCUUCAGUCUCACCUUUUUCCUGAAUGGGAUGCAAGUGAACAGGUUGAGCUCCUGCUGUGAAUAUAAGCAUCGGAAAGGUUCCAGACUUGGAGGCAAACGAGGCUACUUUGGGUUUGUGUGCGUGGAGAGAUCAUCUCCUUGCUACAAGUGCAUUAUUGCAAUGGGCCUUGACAAAAAUCCAACUUCACCAAAACCUAGGAAAGAAAAGAAUAUUGAGAAAAGAGAAGAACUAAAGAAAGGUGAGGGGAAACUGAGGAAGGAUAGAGGGUACAUGAUACCAAGAAGGUAUGAGAUGGCGGGGAGCAAAACUUCCCCUUCAGUCAUUUUUUCAGCUCAAGAAAAAACAAGGAAUGGAGAAGUGAGAACAGCUGUGGAAGAAAUGGAACAUAAAGGAAAUCCAGGACAAGAUGUUUGUGAAGAUGACCAGGAAAAUAUAUUUAAAUACGAAUAUGAAGAAGAUUUUGAAGCAGAUGAGGAGAAACAAGAUGAGAAAGCUAAUGAAGAAGGACAGGCUGAUGAUCAAAUGAAUGGGAUGUCAAAGUCACCCUCAGAUGAUGAAAAAGAUCAUUUAGACCCUGCAAAGGAGAGUGAAACCUCGUGGCAGAAGGCGGCAGAUGCUGAUGACAAUGUGAAACAUGAAGGUGACGGAUGCUCUGACAGUGAGCUGGAGGAGGAGAAACAAGAUAUAAAAACUGCUUCAUCGUCCUCAUCCAGAAGUCACCCAUGCUCUAGUUGCAGUGAAGAUGAAUCCACACUGGGGGAUAGGGAAUCCCACACUGAGAACAGUCCAAACAAAAGUUCCAGAAGUUCAUCUUUUCAGGAGUCGAGUGAAAAUGAUGAGGCAGGAAAAUCCUGCCUUCCAAUUGAGGAUUCCCAAGAAGUUGAAAUUGAAGACCAAGAAAUAAUGACAGCAGAUGUAGAGACCAAGCCUUUGCCAAUAGAGGAAUGCUUGAAGAAUGUUCUUGAAGAAGAAAUGGAGAAAGGAACCCAAGUGAUUGCAGAGGGCAUAUCUGAGAAGUCCAGGAAACAUGUUUCCAAGGAAGAAAAAGAAAAGGAUAAAAGUAAGCUUUGGGAAGGAAGCACUGCUAAGGUGAAGGACAAAAAAGCAGGUCCCUAUAGGGUGGAGAAAGGUGUUGGGCAGAUUGUAGCAGAAGCUGUGGAACCUGGCUGCCACUGUCACUCUGACACUGAGCCUGGUGUUAGCAGCACAGACGAGGAGGAGAAGCACUGGAGGAAGCCAGAGAUUGACACAGGUGCAGCACUGAAUAGGAAUUUUGUGUUGGAGGAAAGGGUACCACUCAACUCAAACAAGGAAUCCAAUCAAGUUGUUUCGGAAGUGGACACACUGGAGAAGAAAGAGGCAGUGGAGGAAGCUGAACUUGCCCAGCACAGGGAUGUGGACACAAUAGAAGGGAAAGGGGAUGCAGCAUGGUGGGGAACAGCUGGGGUUAAUGAGGUUCCCUUGGGGGAGUGGAAGCCAACAGCAGAGCAGCCAGUAUUAGUAGAAGAGUUUACAGAGGAAAGAGGGAUCCCUCAGGGCGUAACUCGUGGGGCUGAGGCAGAAGCAGAAGGGGAUAAGAGGCUGGGUAAAGAGGAGGUAAGCCCCAGGGGGAAAGAAGCAGCCAGAGCCUCUGGAGGUCUGCAUGAAGGUCAGGAUGAGGCUCCUGAAGGGGGGACCUUGCUGCCUACAGUGCUAGAGACAGAGAAAGUGGCUGCCAAAGAGGAGCAGGGCUCGGAGAAGACAGUGUUUGCAAGCCAGGCAGCGGCUGUGAACUUAGAGUGUGUGCAGGAGGCAGCAGCCCCGAGGGAGGCAGUGACAGUGGAAAUGAGAGAGGCUGAGAGAGGGGAGGCCGUGAGUGAGGCAGGGCCUGAAAAGCCUGAUGUGAUGAACAGUGAAGAGGAAGCAUCUACAGAGGUAGAGGACCUGGGAGCCAUGGAAGAUGCUGCAUCUGAGAGAGAGGAUGGUUCAGAAGAGGCAGUGCUUGGGGGAGAAGAACCAGCCAAAGAAAGGAAGGUAGUUAUGGGAAGGCAGACACCCUUGAGCUCCUCAACUUCUGAGAAGGCUGAGGCUCCCCGGAUGGGAGUUUUGGAGGACAGCCUGGAAGAGCUUUGUCAGGAAGAUGCUGAAAGGGAGGAGGUUGAGACUGAGCCAGAAUCUAAUAAAGAAGAUGACAGGAAAGAAAUGUUACCCAAGGAAUUAGGUGUAGCGAGAGAGAAGAGGAAAAUUGAGAGGCCAGAGGAACCUCUGGAGGAAACUGAAUCUGAGAGCGGAGAGGUGAGGAGGGCAAAUGCACAUCAGGGUGAAGACAUUUUAGAAGAAGAGCAAAACUUUAAAGGGGAAGAGCAGGGAACCGCGAAGGAAGUGACACCUGAGGAAGAGACACAAGUCCCCCCAGCUGAAAUGGAGUGUGAUGCUGAGGGUGAGGCACCCAUGGGGGCAUCUGAAUCACUUGGAGACACAGGGCCGCAAGGAGGAGAUUCACUGAGAGAGACAGAGGUGACCAUGUUUGAAGCGGCACCCGCAGACGAAAAGUCACUGGAAGACACAACAGCUCUGAGGAGAGAGGAAGGAGGGGAAAGACUGAGGGAAGCCCAGGACCCAGAGCCCAAAGACAGAGCAGAGCUGCUCCCCCAGGAGGACGGGGCUCCCUCAGGGCAGAACCAGGGGCCAGGCCCUGAAGGGGAGGGGGUGUUAGGAGCUCCUGAAACUGAGCUAGCGGGAAAGGGGCAGGUGCCCCAGGUGAUGACCACAGCUACAGGUGAGGCCCAGGAGUGUGCAGCCAAAGAUCAAGAUAGCCUGGCAGGAUUGGAAGGCGGGGAUAAGGAAGGGCCCGUGCAGGGGCAGCAAGGAGCCGGGGUCACAGUGAUGACCCAAGGUGUUUCUGAGGAAGACUGCAUGAAGGCAGAAAAGCUGAGUGAAGGAGCUAUGGGUGGGGACGCAGAAGAGGAGGCUAAUGAAGAGUGCCCCCUGGGGACAGGAGUGUUGGCCAAUGGGGACACAGACGGGGCUGGGAGUUUGCAAGGGGGAGUGGCGGUGGCUGAUGAAGAUCUCCACCCAAGGGAAGCGGCAGGAACGGCCACCGAGGAGAAGAGGGAGGUGUUGGCAGAUGUGAAGACGGCUGAGGGGAAAACAGAGGCAAAUAAAGCCUCCUCCUUGUCAGAUGAUGCUGGCAAGGGGCCUUGGCACGAAGUGGAUGACUUACCGGGGAAAAUGGCAGCUGCAGAGAAGGUGGAAGUGGUAGAGGAAACAGCGCUGGGCACGGGGGAGGUGGCGGCCGUGGAGAUGGUGACAGGGACCUGGGUGGGGGCUCCACGAGACCCUUCGGAUCCCGGAGGGAAGGCCCCACAGCUAGGGCAGGAUCCAGAGGGCGGGGGACUUGAUUCCACGCAGGGAGCGGAGUCGGUGGGAGCCGAGGCAGGCCUGGAGGGCUGUGCCAGGGAGAAGGAGUUGGGUGCAGCUAAAGAAUUCAGCCUGAGAAUGUCCCCAGGGAGGGAGUCAGAGCCUGGGAGAGAGAGUCUACAGGGGGUGGAAACACUCCCUGCAAAGCCUGAUUGCCCUGAAACCCAAGAGAAGCGCGUUUACAGUGCAGAGAGAGAAAGAGAAAGUGAGAACGCAGAUGUCUCCCUGAGCAACAUGAAGGCCUAA